AUGAACCUCCAAGCUUCAUCAAGUCCUCCUAACUCCAACAACAAUGGCGACCCAAAACCAGACCUCCAAAACCCUAACAAUGGCGAAACCACCGACUCCCCCGAUCCCCACCCCCUCUUCGAGGACUUCGAGAGCGCCUGCUCCACUCCCUACGUCAGCGCUCCUUCCAGCCCCGGCCGCUGUACCUCCGGUGCCGCCGCCGGUGGCUUCUUCUACAGCGCUCCGGCGAGCCCAAUGCACUUCGUUCUGACCUCAAACUCCGCCUCCUCUUCCUCCUCCUCCUCCGCCAACGACGCCGUCCCCCUCGGCUUCGAGUUCGAGCUCGGCCCGUCCGGGUCGGGCCCGACCCGGCCCAUGAGCUCCGCCGACGAGCUCUUCCUCAACGGCAAGAUCAGGCCGAUGAAGCUCUCCACCCAUCUCGAAAAGCCGCAGAGCCUCGCUCCAUUGCUGGAUCUCAACGACGACGUAGAAGAAGUUGUGGAGCUUUGUUUCGAAGCCGUUCGAGGAAGAGAUCUGAGGCUCCGAGACAAAUCGCUGCGGCGGAGAACUCGGUCCAUGUCGCCUCUGAGAUGCCCGAGCUCUCCAUUCGAAAAUGACGCGAAAAUAGUAUGUGAUAAUGUGGAGCAGAAGAAGAACGACGAUCACGAAGAAGAAGAAGAAGAAGAAGAAGAAGAAGAAGAAGGGAUUAGUAUUAACAACACGCCUUCAGUUUCGGCUUCGUCUUCGAGGUCGUCUUCGGCCGGUAGAAACUCCAAGAGAUGGUUGUUUCUGAAAGAGUUUCUCAGAAGCAAAAGCGAAGGAAGAAGCAACAACAAGUACUUUUGGUCCACCAUGUCGUUUUCUUCCCAAGCCAAAGAGAAGAAGCCCAUGAAUACUACUAAAAACGACAACAAUAACAACACCAAUAAUCCUAGUACUAGUAGUAACGUUAAUGAGGUUUCAUUGGAUGCCCAGAAAGCGAAAAGAAGCGGGCAAUCUUCGGCGAAAAAGGCGGUGAAUGGAGUCGGGAAGAAGAAGACUUAUGAGAUGCACUACACUGCGAAUAGAGCUCAAGCUGAGGAGAUGAGGAAGAAGACUUACUUGCCUUAUAGGCAAGGCUUGCUUGGGUGUCUGGGGUUCAGUUCAAAGGGUUAUGGAGCUGUCAAUGGCCUAGCUAGAACCUUGAAUCCGGUAUCUUCGAGGUAG